AUGAACGGCAAUGUGUCUCUCAGACUGCAGGAUGUGCAGGUGUCAGAUAACGGAACCUAUACAUGUUAUGAUGACUACGAGGAGAGAUUCACAGUCAGUGGCCCUGACCACCCUGUCCCAGCCAUUGCUGGUUCGGAUGUUGUCCUGGACUGUAAGUGCUCUACACACCUGUCACUAGAGCGUCUGGAGGUGAGAUGGUUCAGGACAAGAUACAACUCCCCUGUGUAUCUAUACAGUGAGGGACAUGAUCAGACAAGUGAGCAGGAUACAGCCUACAGACACAGAACAGGACUGUUUGUAGAAGAGAUUAUGAAUGGCAAUGUGUCUCUCAGACUGCGAGAUGUCCGGGUGUCAGAUAACGGAACCUAUACAUGUUUCGUUGACUACAAGGGAUUGUAUGAAGAAGCAGAUAUACAAUUGCAGAUUAUAGGUCUUGGCAGUCAGCCUUGGAUUCGUGUUGAUGGUCACCACAAUGGUGGUGUGAGGCUACUGUGUGAAUCCAAUGGAUGGUUCCCAGCACCAGAAGUUCUGUGGGUUGAUGUGCAGGGAAACCACUUAACAACACUCAGUACCUUGACAGUUAGCGAGGAUUCGGAGGGUUUCCUCAAUAUUCAAAGUCAAAUAGAGAUAAAUUAUUCUACCAACAAGAUCAGAUGUCUGAUUCGCAGCAAGUUACUGAGAGAUGACCAAGAAGGAAAUCUCCAAAUCUCAGACGAGUUCUUUCCCAAAGUGCCAGUGGGUUUGGUGGUUUCCGCACUGCUCUUAGGACUUGCCAUAUUGGUGCUGAGUGUUCUUGUCCCCUACAGUGUAAAACAACACCGAGAGAUCAAAGAUCUUGAGAAGAGAGUGGAGUGGAAAAGGAUUCGCAGCUGCGCAGGUAAUGAGUGACCAAGUAACCAACAUCCAACACACUGCCCCCCCCCCACACACACACAAU